AUGGACUUCAAAGCGGUGCUGAAGAAGAGGAUGUUGGAGGAGGCCUCGGGCAGCACGGAGGAUUCCCUCAAGGCCGCAGUCACCUCCCUGGAGAAGGCCAAGGAGGCAAACAAAAAGAUUCAAGACCAGGGCACAGCCUUCAUGGAAAACUCUCGGCCUGGCCGGAUGACCUCAAACAAAAGCUGGAGGCACCAGGUUCCGGACCCCUCGGACAUGUUGCAGCACUACCUCCCGGCCAUGAGGGCGCUGCAGAACGGCCAGAACCCUUGGGCUGACAACCCCAAGCUGCUGGAGGAGAUGCCCGACCUCAAGCACACGGCUUCAACCCCUGGUGCCGAUGGCGCAGCGGUGACCGGCCCUGGCAUGGCAACUCUCAACGAGAUGGACGAGGAGGCCAAGAAGCUGGCCAUGUUGCUUUGGGCCUUGAAGGUGCACCGUGGUGAGCUCCGAAUGUUUGGUGGGGUAUGGCGCCGGGUGCCUGAGUUUAGUCCGCCCCUCCCGGACUGGGCCCAGCCAAAGCCCGGGGCACUCACGCCCAAGGAGGUGGACCGCUACCGGGCACUGGAGCGCCGGACCCACCCGAGUUCCUUCGGCGCGGAUAUGGUGGAGCCCUUCCACUACACUGACCAGGAGGUGGAGGCACAACGGCAGGAGGGGACUCGGCCCCCACUGGGGUCCAUCCUCUCGAUCUGGUGGGCAGAUGACACUGACAAGGACGAGAAGUGGCGCCGGGAGAGCGGCACAUGGGACUUGAAGUCCCUCAUCCACAUCUACUCGACGCGGUACACCUUCAAGUACAUCUACAGCUUGUGGUGCAGCCUCCCUCUGGCCAUCGAAGCCAAGCAGCGAGGCAAAGAUGCUCCCACUGGGAGGCUAGGAAUGGUCCAGGUGCCUUGGGCCCUGUACCCCCUACACCACCUCCCAGUGAACCAAAGCGUGGAACCGGCCUUCACUUGGAUGACCGACAUCCCGGACAGAUUGCGGCGGCGUCUUCACUGGACGCGGGUCCCACUUCCACCAGAGGCCAAACCAACCAUUCUUCUACUCUAUGCCGGAAAGGAUGAUGCGGGCUCUUUGGACUCCUACCUCCAUGCCUGGCCAGUGAGGGGGCGCAGUGAGCAACAAGUGUGGGGCCUUCCGGCCAACGCAACAGAGGAACAGCUUGACACAGACAAUGACAGCAUGCUGGUGCUCCGCCAGAUGAUCUCCGCUGCAACCACUUUGGGCACCAACCCGUUGGGGGACCUCCAAUCCAGCGACCUUAGCAAGGAUGAGCAGCUGGUGACGUCACUCUUCGAGCGAGUCACCCCUGGAGUGGUGUCCAUCGCCAAGGAGGUUGUGACCAAUUACAAUGUCAUCAAUGAGAUGCAAACGCCAUAUGUCACGUUCCUGCUGAACGACAAGUCAGGCAACAAGCGCCUCACCUUCUUGGCCCAGGUGGUGGGUUACGACACCUCAAGCAAUGUCGCAGUCUUGGAGGUGCAAAACCAGGAUAACUCCAGCCUGCCCAAAGGUCUGAUGCAACCACUUGAGCGUGGUCAUUCUGACAAGCUCAUGGUCGGUCAAAACGUCUUCGCUUUUGGCAAUCCAUUCGGUUUGGAGCACAGCCUCAGCCGGGGCAUCAUCAGUGGUGUGUCGCGAAAGAUGGAGGGCAGCGGUGGAAGGCCAAUCAGUGGAGUGAUCCAAACAGAUGCCAGCAUCAAUCCUGGAAACAGUGGUGGGCCAUUGCUCAACAGUGAUGGCGAGGUCAUUGGCGUGAACACUGCCAUUCUCUCGGGAAGUGGGAUGUUUGCUGGAGUCGGACUUGCUGUGCCGAUCGACACCGUGUCCAAAAAUGUGGAAAGCAUCAUCUCCAAAGGCUUUGUGAAGCGGCCGCUGCUGGGGUUGAUCUUUGCGCCCGAUGUCAUGGACCAAGAGCUUCAACUGAAUGGCAUCAUGGUCAUGAAGGUCAUCCCUGGUGGCCCAGCGGAAAAUGCUGGAGUGCGGCCAAUGCGUGGCGGACGCUUGGGAGAUGUGGUCGUUGCCAUGGAUGGCCAGAAUAUCUCCUCCACGGACGACCUCUUUGGGCUGCUGGAGUCCCGCGCUCCGGGGGACACCGUGAAGCUGAAGCUUCAGCGGCCCAAUGCUGAUUUGGACAGUGAUGAGUUGCAAGAAAUUGAAGUUCCCAUCAAGUUGGGCCAGGCCAACAAACCUGGGGGUUGGUGA